CUGACGGGUCCUGAUUCUGCAGGUUUGCGCACAGCGUCUCCUUCAUCUCGUCCUCGCACAGGUGAAUUGUGGCCCGGUUCUGCUGCACAGGUUCGAAUCACAUUAACAGAUAAGAUGGCAGUUCCUGCAGCGUACGCAGACCUGGGAAAGUCUGCAAGAGAUAUUCUCACCAAGGGCUACGGUUUUGGGAUGGUGAAGCUUGAUGUCAAAACCAAGUCUGCAAACGGAGUGGAAUUCAAAACGAGUGGCUCUUCAAACAUGGACACAAACAAGGUCAGCGGGAACCUGGAGACCAAAUACAAGUGGACGGAGUAUGGACUGACCUUCACUGAGAAGUGGAACACAGACAACACUCUCGGCACAGAGAUCUCCGUGGAGGACCAGAUCACUAAAGGACUGAAGUUGACCUUUGACACAACCUUCUCACCCAACACUGGCAAGAAGAGCGGCAAGGUGAAGUCUGCGUACAAGCGUGAGUAUCUCAACGCGGGCUGCGAUGUGGAUUUCGACUUUGCUGGUCCGACCAUCCACGGAGCGGCAGUGCUGGGGUACGAGGGCUGGCUGGCCGGAUACCAGAUGACCUUCGACAGCGCCAAGUCCAAAAUGACCCGCAGCAACUUUGCCAUCGGAUUCAAGACGGAAGACUUUCAGUUACACACCCAUGUGAAUGACGGCACGGAGUUCGGCGGCUCGAUUUAUCAGAAAGUGAACCAUCGUUUGGAGACGGCAGUCCAUCUGGCCUGGACCGCCGGCAAUAACAGCACAAGCUUCGGCAUCGCUGGCAAAUACAUGCUGGACCCCAGCUCAUCUAUCAGCGCUAAAGUGAAUAAUUCCAGUCUGGUUGGGAUCGGCUACACUCAGACCCUCAGACCAGGAGUGAAGAUCACGCUUUCUGCUCUCGUGGAUGGGAAGAACGUUAAUUCUGGAAGUCAUAAACUUGGCUUGGGAAUUGAGCUGGAUGCAUAAAACCAGUAGCCGUAUGAAGAGGUCUGGGUACGCUCAAAUCAUGCUUAAUGGGAAAUUACUGGAAAGAGAAUUCUCAACGCACAUCCAUCCGCUCAUACUGUUUAAACUAAGCACUGAACCUCGUGACUCUGAUAGUUAUUUGUUGUACGUUCAUCGGUGUGAUCCUUCUCAAAUCAAUCUCUCUUCUGAACCGAGCUUCAGUGUGCAUGUGUGUUACAUCACAUCAUAUUGAUAAUGUUGUCAGCGGUUCACCUGAUUUCUGUCAUUAUUUACUCAAAAUCAACCUGAAUGCUGUUUCUGCUCGAACACAAAGCGGAACGUUUAAAGCUCUUUAUCCAGCGAACAAUGAAUGAAGUCUAGAAGUGCUGCGGUUAAUAUAAACUUGACAAAUCUUGAGUUUUUCUUGAGAGCAUCCACUACUUAAUAACGUGAAGUUCAUUUGCACAUGAAGAAUCUUCUGUUGCUGCCUCUGUGUAUCUGGAUCUGUAGUUUGGGCUUUUGUUGACUGUUUUUGGUGUGGCUGUUGGCUUUAGAGUUCCCUCUGUCCCUGUAAAUCUCCCAAAUCUUCUCCGCGUGAGAUGUGAUGUCACUUAACACUUGGUGUAGAUGUGUGCGAGUCGCCUUACCUGCAAACACCCUUGUGUGUGUGUGUGUGUCAACCUUGGCAAUAAAUUCUUCAAACAGAA